GAUUAUCCUAUAAACCUCCAGUGGUAACUUUAGCCGGUUUGAUUCAUAAAAAACAAGCGAGGGAAUCUCCCUACAACGAUGACUUGUUAAUAUAUCGUCGUAUCAUCAUCAAAUCACCCACCAGCGCAAAACCCCUCCUCUCUAUUAGUUGAGGGGGAACACACAAUGAUGAAGACCCUCGCCGCAAUCGUUUAGCGUGAGAUAGCGUGCCACCUAGCCGUUCCGAUACGAUAUGGAAUUCAGCUGGAGGUUUCUACUGCUGACGACAACCCUCAUACUGUGCACCCAAUUCAACGGACAUGAUUGCGGAGUUACCAAGGAGCAGAUGGAAAAGACAGCCAAAAUGUUCCGACAGGUGUGCCAACCCAAGCACAAACUAACCGAUGAUAUUCUGGAUGGAGGAAAAAAUGGCAUCUUCCCCGAUACGAAAAAUUUCAAAUGCUACGUCAGCUGUCUGCUCGACAUGAUGCAAGUGACAAAGCGUGGAAAAAUCAGCUACGAGAAAUCGUUGAAGCAAAUCGAUCAACUACUUCCGGAGGACUUCAAACCGGCUUUCCGCAUAGGAUUGGAAGCCUGCAAAGAUGCCGCCCAGGGAAUCAAGGAUCAUUGUGAAUCAGCCUACGUUCUGCUCAAUUGCUUUUAUGCCAACAACCCCAAGUUCAUUCUCCCAUAAUCUUGACCCAACCGACGCUCGUUUAAUGGACAAUUCUCCGAAUCAAACUCGUCAUAAGUGUUAAAUGUGAUAUCUUAAGGCCAAUCUGUCGAAUCAUAGCUUACUCGUUGCUGUAGAAAUUGCACAGGAUUGUUGAUUUGUACAAUAUAUCAAGAGCAAAUUUUCAUUAUGUCGUAAGUAACAUUCGCACCAAUCCGAGAAAAAUAAAGUUUUGUUUUGAUGACCGAAAAGUUAUUCCUAUUUCCAAGUAAACACAUAUAAUCUCAUAGUGAUAGCAAUGUUUAACAUAUUUAGCAGGGUUUUAAUCAUACAAAUGCAAAUCGCUAGCUUUCAUGCUAAAAAUACUGGUUUUUGAGUCAAAAGUUAUUAUACGUCGUUUGGUGGCCCCUAUUGUUACUUAAGUCAAAGUGUAUUUACCAGGAUAUUCGGGAGAAUUAUCAAUUACGUCUCCUUACGUGCAGCCCAUUCAUCAUUUUAGGACCACCGAAAUCAUCUUAGCAACAAACAGUUCGAUUUAUUCACUUUAAUAAUGAGAAAGCGAAACGACGAACGUACACUUUUCACGGGUUUCUCAGCACUGUUACUUAAGUCAAACGGCAUCUCCAUAGAAAUUGGGUGACUUAAGUAACAUCGAAAACUAUUUUGAUCGGAAGGUGAUUACGUCAAAAAGCAAUUUGACUGGUAAAUAAAUUUAAAAAUGGGAUUUGAUCCUAUAUUCGUACAGUAUAUAGUGUAAUAGCAGGAGAAUCGAUUGACACUGAUAGCUCGACUUUGUUUACCUUUGUUACAUUCGACGUAAUGAAA